AAAGAAUUUUGUUUUGUUUGUUUUUUGUACUGAUUUGCUUAAAUAAAAUUAUAAAUAUGCUUCUCUUCGGGUGAAAAUAAUACACUAAAAAAUGUAAAUUACACAUUUUUUGAACGCAUUAAAUGAAUCGAUUGUUUUGGUGAAAAUUAAUUCCUUGUUAGUUUGUUUGUAUAUAAUUUGUUUACGAUUAGUAGUUGUUUUUGUUUGCAGGCUAUGUUCAGCUUGCAAUUAUGUAAAUAAUAACCUACCCUUUUAAUUAGAACAAAAUUAAAGCCUGGCUAAUCUUUAAAAAGCUGCCAUGCGCACAUCAUGUAGUAUAGCAGAUUUACGAAGUGCUAAAAAGUUACAUAGCCUUUCCCUUGCUGAAUCAAGCCUACAAAAUGGCUACAGAAGGUCAAAUAUGGGUGGAAGUUUAUUGCAUUUAUCAAGCUUCAAUGAAUUUGGCAGUAGUUUUUCACUUGCUCAAGAUCACUCAAAAACUCUCUCUGUGGAACCAACUAUUCUAUUUGGAUCAUCUGCUGUGAUAAAUUCAACUUGUAAAAAAACCACGUCACUUACUCGAAGUAAAGAUGGCGACCUAAAUUACUGUGAUAAUAGCCGUGUUAACAGAUGGUUUGAUGGACUUCUACGAUGCUUGAAGCCUGUUUGGACAGUUUUAGGCAAAUCAACCACACACGAGCUAAAAGAAGAUAAUUGGGAAAUACUUUUUGAUGACAUUAAAGACUUACAGUUUCUGGGCAGUGGAGCUCAAGGGGCAGUUUUUUGUGGCCACUUAAAUGGAGAGCUUGUUGCAGUAAAGAAAGUUCGAGAAAAGAUUGAAACCGAUAUCAAGCAUUUGAAGAAGUUAUCUCACUGCAAUGUUGUUGCUUUUAGGGGUGUCUGUGUACAACCACCUUGCUACUGUAUUAUUAUGGAGUAUUGCCCAGCUGGAACAUUGCAUAACUUAUUACGUCAAGGUACUGAGAUACCUCCAAAGAAAGUCAUGGAAUGGUCAAAGCAAGUUGCAAAUGGAAUGAACUAUUUACACAUCCAUAAAAUUAUACAUAGAGAUUUAAAGUCAGAAAACAUUUUGAUUGGCUACAAUGAUGUUUUAAAAAUUUCUGACUUUGGAACUAGUAGACAGUGGAAUGACAAAAGUGUGAAAAUGUCUUUUGCUGGAACAGUUGCUUGGAUGGCUCCUGAAGUAAUUCGAAAUGAAUCUUGCUCUGAAAAGGUUGAUAUUUGGUCAUUUGGUGUUGUUUUAUGGGAGUUGCUUACUUGUGAAACUCCUUACAAAGGUGUAGAUUCUUCUGCUGUUAUUUGGGGAGUUGGUAGCAAUAGUUUGCAUUUACCUGUACCUACCACCUGUCCGGAAGGAUUCAAGUUACUUUUAAAGCAAUGCUGGAGUGGUAAACCAAGAAAUCGACCAUCCUUUAGACAUAUAUUGAUGCAUUUAGACAUAGCAGCUGUUGAAAUUUUAAGUACUCCCGAAGAAGAAUAUUUUCAGACUCAGGCAACUUGGAAAGUGGAAAUAGGUUCCUACAUGCAAAAAAUCAAGAACGAUUCUACAUAUGGAAUUCAUAUGGAGGAAGAUUUAAUUAAACAAAGACAGGAAGAGCUUAAACAUGCACAAGAUAUUCGAGAACAUUAUGAAAAAAAGUUAGAACGAGUAAAUAAUUUAUAUUUAGAGCUUGCUACCUGCCUUUUCCAAGUGGAGCAAAGAGAACAAGAGCUUAUUCAACGUGAACAAGGGUUAAAAUCUGGAAUUACUUAUUCAAGGUGCUCCAAGAAAAAUAUUCGAAGGUUUUUAAAGAAUAAUCGCUCUUGCAAAAAGCGAAGUCAAAAACCUACUCCUGAGCCAAUUACAGCUGCAAAGUCAGUUGAUAGCUAUUCUGCUUUUCAUGGUUCUGCUAAAUCCCGAAUUAGAAGAGCAAAAAAUGUGCGUUCUGGCCAAUUUGCAGAUGACAAAUUUGAUUAUUCUGUUCCUCCAAAAAUAAUUGAAGAGUUUAAACAAGAUACGAAACAUGUCAUAUCAAAUGUUGUGGAUUCAGAAACCCAAACAGAUCUGAGAUUCCAAGAGCAAGCCAAUGACUUAAGUGCCACAAUUCAGCAAAGUAUGUCUAUUUCAGAUGAUUUUACUCUUCUUAAAAACACAAACUCAUCAUCCUCUACUCUUGAUGUCAGUGUUCAUAACUCAUAUCAUCAAUCAUCUAUAUUUACUCAAUCUUCUGUGAUCAAAAGUUGUAACCAGUCUUAUGAGCAAAAUGCUGCCAUAAACUCCAAUGAAUUUGAAUGUCAUAAACAUUUGUGUGCAUUACCCUCUGGCACUGCUGUUAAUUUAGGUAACUAUUCUCAUGAACUACUAAACAUGAGUGAAAAAUCAAAAAGAAAUACUCAACAGCAAAGAUUUUCUAGAAAAUUUUGUAGAAUGGGCUCUUUUAGAGGUAAACUUCUUUUGAAAAGAUUUGGAAGUAGUCUUCAGGAAUUCAGUGCCACGGAAGAAUCUUGUGACAGUGAUGAUGGAAGGGACUCGCCAAGACAUUCUCAAUAUAGUCUUGCUAAUAUAAGUGAGAAUUCUUUAUCCAGUUCUGAUGAAUAUUUUUCUGAAGAAGAAAAUACUAGUGAACAUUCUAGCAGUCAAUACACAGCUGGAGAAUUGAUGUCAAGCAUAUCUAAUCCAGACAUUCCGUUAAAUAUUGAAUUAGAAUCAUCUGAUGAUGAUGUCAGUCCUAAUCAAAAGCCUUAUGAAGGAAAUUUUGCUCAAUCUGUAAAACUUCAUAAUCAUUCUUACUGCUCAGAUGCACAUCAGGAGUUUGUUUCCAAUAGAACUAGUCCUGAUAUAAGACUAGAAAUCAUUCCAAGAACUACAGAUGUAUUUUCUGACUCUGAUAUCACUCAGAAGGUACAUGAUGUCUGUUGUGCAGAAAAGUUGUAAAAAAAUUGUUAGAUAGUGAUGAAACAAGUUUAUUGAUUGGAUUUUAUUGUUUCAUUAGAAUGUAAAUAUAUUUCAUUCUUAAAAAGU